CUUCUGCUGCUGCUAGCUCACGUCGACUUGUAUCACCACCCACCCAUUGCCUGCGACGACGACCACGAGCGACGACGGCCAACUACUGCUGCCUGCUCACGACACCCAUUGUUCAGCUCGACACCACUGUCCUCUUCACGACUCUCUCUACCUCAACGACCCACUCCCACCCCCACCCCCGCCGCCAUGCUCAACCUCCGGGCCCGCGCCGUGCCCCUGUUCCAAAAGGUCCGCGACGAGGUGCAGGGCAAGGCCGUCGACUAUGGCCUCACGCCACCCUCGCCGUCCAACAUGGCCCCAGUGUCGCCCAUCACCUCGCGGCAGCGCGCAGCCAGCGUGCCCGAGGACCCGAGCGCCGUGCGCACGGCCACCGAUGUGCUCGUUGCGCUGAGUACAGACCGAGCGACGACCGAUGCGAGGUACACACGUACCGUCGUCACGCAGUACGUCCAGACCAAGCUGCAGCACGGGCGGUCAAAGGACGAGGUCAGCUCCAAGCUCGCGGAUAUCGAGAGGACCGUGUUACUGGCUAUGCGCGAGCGGGAUACUGGGCGGCUCGCCGAGGUCGCAAUCGUCUUCGUGUCCGUGCGAUCAGAGUACCGCCUCCGCCCGUCCGCCGUGCUGGCACGCACCAUCCGCUCCGCGCAGCGGCGGGCGCUGAUCGAGGCCGAGGCCGCCGCUGAGGCCGAGCAGGCGCAGGCGGCCGAGGUCCUCCCGCCGCCGCCGUACGUGACCACGCCGCCAGUGUACACUGCCGCGCUGCCCCUCCCCGUCGAGACCGAGCCGCCAGUAUACGUGCGCGAGGAGGUCGUGGUCGAGGAUGCUGGCGUGGUGGGGCCACCGCUCAAGGCGUGAGUCGAGUUGGGCUUGGAGACAGCGAGACAGGCUGCAGGAUGUGCUACAGACGGACUGCAAGAGCCUGCUGCUGCUGCUGUGCGAGGCAGUGCUGAGGCGCGACGACAGGCGGAGAUACCGCGCGACGGCGUAACAGCGCGGAACAGUUGUAGAAUAGUGCAGUACAAUAGUAUCCAGUGUAUUAGUCAGAAGUGUUGUGAGUCAUGCAGAGGUC